AUGUCCCUCACAAAGACCAAGCUCUCGCUCGCCGAGAAGCUCGACUUCCUCCCCGCAUUGGCGACUAUCUUCGUCGCGGCCACGUACUCGCUUCUCACGGGUCUUUGGCGUACGGAGCGUGAAGCCAAGUCUUUGUUGCUGCAUUUCGGCUAUGCCAUCUUCCGCCAGGCUACGGCGCGUCUGUCGCCGGCGCAGAUGCAGGCUAUCCUCCCUCCCAGCAACAAGAUCUAUGAGCGGUAUGUGAGGAAGGUUGGUGUCAAGCCUCAGUCUGUGGAAUUGGGACACGGCGCGUUGGGUCAUUGGGUUGGUGAUCGCGAUGCGACCAAUGUGCUUAUCUGGUUUCACGGCGGCGGCUUCGGUCUCCCCGCAAACAUGGGCUACUUCAAAUUCUACGCCCAAGUUAUCGCCGACCUCCAACGGUCCGGCAAAUCCAUCGCCGUCUUCAGUCUCACCUACACCCUCGCGCCCGAAGCAACCUACCCAACCCAACUCCGCCAAGCCGUCUCUGCAGUCCGCUACAUCCUCACCCAGUCCAACCGCGACCCCUCAACAAUCUUCCUGGGCGGCGACUCCGCCGGCGGAAACCUCGUUUGCGGCGUCCUCUCGCACGCCGCCCAUCCACACCCGCAAAUCGAGCCCCUAUCUCUCGGCGAGCACAAAUUCGGCGGCGCAGCCAUGAUUGCUCCUUGGACGUUGCUGGACAAAGAGUUCCCGGGCCUGGAUAUCUAUCAUGGAGGUGAUUUGAUUACGACUGCUGUGGCGGCGCCGUGGAGUACGGCUUACCUGGGCGGUGCGACGAGGGAUAAUUAUACUGACUUGUCGAAUGCGCCGACGGAGUGGUUUGGCACGUUUCCCGUGAAGAGGGUUUUGAUUACCGGUGGUGGGAAUGAGAUCUUGUUGCCGAUUAUUCGUGAUUUUGCGGAGAAGAUUCAGAAGGGGUUCCCGGAUGUGGAAUUGUUUGUAGGGUAUAGGGAGUGUCAUGUUGCGCCGAUUUAUAAUUUGGAGUUGGGGAGUACCGAGGAGACGGAGCAGGGGAAGAAGGUUAAGAGUUGGUUGAGGGAGUUGGCGAAGUAG